CAAAAUCAAAAGAGCUACAAAGCUAGCAUGACAACCAAAGAUCAGGUCAGCCGACCAUUAUUCUCUAUAGUAUGAGCAAACACCUCUUGGAUUUGCUUCAAGAAAGAUACUACACCAAAGCUUCCUUCAAGGGAAACCUCAGGAAUUGAAGGCCAUCAGAGCCACUGGGGAAGCUACCACCAUCAAGACCUCCACUCCUCACACACAAGCUACAUCAUCGGCUCAGUCCCACCCUGCACACACCCACACAGCUGGUACAGGGUGAGGGAACUGAGGCAGCUCCCCCCACUACAGCAGCACAGACUGAAGUGCCUGGGGCUACUGAAACUGACACUACACCUGCUCAGUUAGACCAACUGAUACAACAGGCAAAGAGUUCUGCUAGGAGUGCAGUGAGCACGAACAUGAAGGACAUUGAGCGUGAGCACAGGAACUACAUGACCCAAGCAAUGCAGUCAGGAAGAACAGCUGCUAGUGCUGCAUAGAUCUAGCAUAACCUAAAGACUUUUUGCCAAACUUUGCAACAAUAAUGUUCAAGACAGCCCCUCCCCUUAAGCUUAUAGUAUUUAAUCAUGACAAGAAUAAUUAUAUCUAUGUGAUUGCAGUUUAAUAAAAGCAACGAAACGACUAUUCAAGUAAUAGUUAGCUACAUUUGCUCUGCAGUAAUUCAGCUAUAUUUUGGAAGUUAUGGAAGAGAAUAUAACAGACUUUUUUGAAGUUCUUGAAAAACUGUGGGAUGUUAGGACAGAAUGGGAGAACUUAGGACUUGCUCUUGGUGUACAACGAGAAACAAUAAAAAAAAUUAAGAGAAAGAACCGUGGAGACGACAAUGACUGCUUAAAAGAAAUGCUUGACGCACGCUUGAAGAAAACCAGCCUCACUUGGUCUGGUUUGUGUGAAGCCCUUAAGAAAUCAUCAGUGGCUCGUAAUAAUGUGGCAGAAAGUAUUAAAACAUUUGUACGAAACAAAGCCGCAACGACUUGUGCAAAACGAAAAAAGACUAAUGAAGAUAACAUGCCGCUGCCAAAGAAACCAAAAAUUGAAGGGCGUAUGCGAAACUCAAGCCUUCGUAGCGAUGGUGCUGAGCCCGAUGGUAGUGAUGAAAGUCCUGAGCCCGAGGAAAGCCGUAGCAAUGAAAGUGCUGAGCCCGACGGUAGUGAUGGAAGUCCUGAGCCCGAGGAAAGUGGUAGCAAUGGAAGUGCUGAGCCUGAGGAAAGUCUGGAUAGUGACUAUGGUAAAGCUGCAACCAACAAACACAAAAAGAGGAGGCGUGGCAGCAGUACAGAUGAUGAAAUAAUGCAGCUGGACAUUGAUUUGGAGUCCAUACAAGAGGCAUUUACAAAGUUUAAGUUAGCCACGAAAUUGUCUUUAGAGCUAAAGCAAAAAAAAAGACAAACGAUCAUCAACGAUCUCACUGUUUGUUUGCUGGGUAUUCCAAGUAAAAGGGCUGUUAAAGAUCGUACAGAGUUGCUUGAGCAUUACAGCGAUAAUCUGAAUAAUGCCAAGACGAUAGAUGCUAUCUUUCAAGUGAUGGAGAAAUUUACGUCAUUUUUAGAUUACCUUUUCCUGAAAGAUAUCAUAAACAAGCACGGAGAACCAGAGGACGAAAUUAAUUUGAAAAAAUAUACUGAGCAACUCGAAAAUUUCAUUCAUAAUUGGAAAGUAAAGCGGCCUCUUCAUGUCAAAGAAAGUACGAAACAUCAGACAAAGUGGAAAUACAAGCUGGACACCGAUACACUGAAAUGGUAUAAAGAUAUCAAAAAAGAUAUUGCAAAGUUCGUGGGCGCUAAAGUGCGUGAAGUAGUUCUGGUAGAAAUCAAGCCUGGCUGUGUUGAGCUCAUCUUUGCACUGCCUACGACAGCAGUUGAGAGGCUGCUAUCCCUCACUCUCUCCCAGAUUGCCGAAGUAGCCGAAUGGACACCUACUGUGCUUAAUGUGACAGUGGUAGAUGGACGUUUGAAAGAUAGUAUCAUCUAUGAGCCCAUCUCAGUGAGGUUGCGGAAAACCUGUCGCAGCGAGACCCCCCCAAAUGUUGAUCUGGUUAGUACCUAUCUGGAGCAAAAGAGAUGUGACAUCAACAUAAGAGAAGAUGAUGAGUUAAAACGGACCCCGUUGAUGUGGGCUCUUAAAAACAAAUACAUUGAUAUUGCUAAACUGCUCCUGAAGUACAAGGCUCAAGUUAAUAUUCAGGACAAGAAAGGGUGGUCUACGUUGAUGCUGGCCUGUAGAGCAGGAGAUCUGGAGAUAGUCCAGGGAAUAGUGGCACUGGGAGCAGAGAUUGACCUGCCCACAAAUGAAGGUUGGACUCCUCUGAUGUGGGCUGCUCAAGAGGGUCAUGCAGAGAUGGCUAGAUUUCUAUUGGAGAAGGGAGCAUUUGUGGAUUUCCCUGACGAGAAUGGGUGGACUCCAGUCAUGCAAGCCAGUCAGGAAGGUCAUGUGGACGUGAUUAAUAUCCUACUGGACCACAACGCUAAAGUCAACCACUUGACUUCUUCUACAACCUGGUGUGCUCUGAUGGCGGCUGCUAAGAACAUGCACAGUGAUGCGGUGGACACACUUCUGAAGAGAGGAGCUCAAGUGGACAUACAGAGAGAUGAUGGAUCCACCACACUGCAAGUUGCUAGCUACUACUCAGGCAACUCUGGUAUCAUAGACACUUUGAUCAAUCAUGGAGCAAAUGUUGAUCAUGUAAACAAGGAUGACAUGACUGCUCUAAUGCUGGCCUCCAGUAAGGGACACCUGGACACAGUACAAGCUCUGCGGAGUGGUGGGGCAGACCUGAACCAGGAACAUACCGGGAGUGGUUGGACUGCCCUCUUCUUUGCUGCCAAAGCGGGGAACUGUGAUGUGUUUAGAGAACUGUUGUGUCAAGGAGCAGGAACAGAGACCUCGUCAGAUAAAGUUGAAAAUGUUGCUCGCAUGUCAGCUAGCCAUGAGGAACUCCUGUCAGACCUUGGGAAAUACAAGAAGAUAUCAGAAUGGAAAAAGGAUGCCGAGAAGCUUGCACUUGAGCAGUACAAGGUCUCAGAAACGAAAACGUAUAUCGUGGAGGAGGCGUUUGAGCAGACAAGGAAAUCAUGGACACUCGUGAACACAGUUUUGGGGAAUUUUAAUGACAUGAUUGAAACCAGCUGCCGCAAUGAGAGAGCUCCAGCUGCAUAAACUGUUUACUGGUACCAGUAAAGGAGAGAUCUCUUGUAACUAUAAUAUAGAUUAUUGACACUUACGCAUUUGUUUUUUCCCUAUACUGGUGAAAUGUUGUUGUCCUAUAUUUUUGUUGUGUGAUAAUUAUACCUGUUCAUAGUUCAUAACGUAUUUGAAUUUUAAUUA